AUGGAAGAAAAAGACGGUGUCGGAGGAGGGACAGAUGGCAUAGAAGAAGAAGAUGGCAUCGUUUUAGAAGCUUCAGUUCAUGCUUUCUUUCAUUUUGGGACCCGCCACCCUGUGGCACCCUCCCCUCCUGUCCGUCUUCCUCACACGCCGGUAGAACUCUUACCAUCGUCUUCACCAACCACCUUCCCUUCUCCCUUUCCCUUUCUUCCACGUCCCCACCGGCGAUGGCCCCCCCCCCCCCCCCUUCCAACCACCCACCCACCCCCUAGCAGUGGUUCUUGGUGGAGAAGUCACCACUCUACAAUUACUCUAUGGGCUUCCAAUCCGGAUCUCUAUGCUCUGAUUAUUUAUCACUUCUUUCAAAUCUGUCCCUAUCUUUUUCUCUCUAAUCCAAUUCUGAAAGUGGAGGUUGAAUCUAAACGGAAAACAUCUCCCGUUAAAUUUGAGAGGGGUUUUGGAAAACAGCUAAAACUAGCAUUUAUAAUUGACCCUUGUGGAUGGUUCUUUGCACCGUUAGAACGAAAACGGGAAUACGAUGAAGAAUAUACCAAACAGCACUUGGAGAAUAAGACACAGGUUGAAUCAUGGAGAAAAGCAAUUGUGGAUGCAAGUAACAUAUCUGGAUGGUUUAUUGCCAACAGGGAUCAGUCGAAGGCUGUUGAAGAAAUUGUUGAGACAAUUUCACAAAAGUUGCAUCCAACAUUAGUUGAGGAUGACAACCUGAUUGGAAUGAAGGUUCGCAUGCAAGAUUUGAUGUCAAAGUUGCAGAUUGGGUUUGGUGGUAAGAGGAUGAUUGGAAUAUGGGGGGUUGGGGGUGGUGGCAAGACUACUCUUGCCUCUUCUAUUUAUGAUGAUAUCUCUAGAAAGUUUGAUGGUUUUUGCUAUCUAAAAAAUGUCCGGGAGGAAUCCAGUAAAACGAACGGUUUGGAAAACUUGCAAGAAAAAAUUCUUUGUGGUAUUUUGAAACAAAAUCAAGUGGGGGUAGGGAGAGUUGAAGAAGGAAGACGCAUGAUAAGGGAUAGAUUACAACAUAAAAAGGUGUUGAUUGUCCUUGAUGAUGUCAACGAGCUUGAGCAGCUAGAAGAGUUAGCUGGAUCACGUGAUUGGUUCGGUGAAGGAAGCCGGAUAUUAAUCACCACUAGAGAUGAACAUAUAUUAACUGGACACAAAGUAGAUGUGAUACACAAUAUUAGCUUGUUAAACGAUGACGAGGCUAUGAAGCUCUUUUGUAAGCAUGCACCCCAGGGUUAUAGACGUAUAAAAGAUUAUGAGCAGCUUUCAAAAGAUGUGGUUUCAUAUGCUUGUGGGCUCCCAUUAGCACUUAGAGUUCUCGGUCGUUUUCUAUGUGACAAAGAGACAAAUGAGUGGAGGAGUGCUUUGGCUAGAUUGAAAGAAAUCCCAGAGACUGAUAUUUUGGAAAAGCUAAAAAUCAGCUUUGAUGGACUUACAUACCUGGAGAGAGAGUUGUUCUUAGACAUCGCAUGUUUCUUCAGAGGGGUGUAUAAAGAUGAACGUAUAAUGAUGAAACUUGAUGCUUGUGGCUUUCACCCUGUUAUAGGCAUAAAGGUGUUGAUACAAAAGGCCCUCAUAACAAUUUCAGAUGGAAGGUUUGAUAUGCAUGAUCUGAUGCAAGAAAUGGGACACUACAUUGUUCGAGGGAAACACCCGAAGAAUCCUGAAAAACAUAGUAGAGUGUGGAAGGUGGAGGAUGUUCUAAAAAUAUGUGCUAUGGAUGCAACAACGAACCUUGACAAGAUCGAAGCUAUAAAUCUUUUGUAUUUAAGGAGUGACGAAUCACAUGUUUAUCAUGUCGUUGCAAACAUGAAGAAACUUCGGUCGAUUAGUUUGGAAUACUAUGAAGCAUUGUUUGAGACUCCACUGUUAAUUAUAAUGCCAGAAAAUUUUCCACCAAGGGAGCUUUGUUGUCUAACACUGAGGUUUCUCAAUGCAAAACAACUUUGGGAGGGUUACAAGUAUCUACCAAAUUUGAGGAUGAUCAAUCUUGAACACUUGCGGGACCUAAUCAAGACACCUGAUUUUAAUGGGCUUCCGAACCUUGAAAGAUUGAUGGUUUAUGAUUCUCCGCUUUUAGAAGAGAUUCAUCCAUCAUUUGGACAGUCGGAAAACCUUGUUUGUGUAGAGAUACGGAGUUGUGACAAUCUUCAGAUGCUUCCUCCCAUUACCCGGAUGAAGAAACUGGAGGCUCUUGUACUCUCAGGAUGCAGUGCAGUUAAUAAUCUUUCAAAGAUCCAACAAAAUAUGGAGAAGUUUGUACCUCAAAACAUGAACUACAUAGGGCUAUGGUUUUCUAGUGAAUGCUUAAGAAAGCUGGAUCUCAGGUGGUUCAAAUUGGCAGAUGGAGUCAUCGGAUCUGGUGCUAUUUGGGAGUUACCCAACUUGCAAGAACUCAAUCUAAUAGGAAAUAGUUUUGUACGUUUGAAUUUUAGUCUCUUGCGAGUUCCUCAGCUCCAAUAUCUCAACAUAUCACAAUGCUAUAACCUUGUAGAAUUGUCGGAUCUUCCAUCAAGUAUAGCUGUUGUUAUAGCGGAUGGUUGUAGGUCACUUCAAACCCUUGGAGACAUUUCAAACUGCAAAUGCUUGUGGAAAGUCUCACUUUCAGAGGAGAACAACCUUGGUCCACAUUUUGGUGACAUGUUACUAGACUCCAUGCUCGAGGGAAACGCCAAACACUACUUUAUCAAUAUCACUAUUUCAGACAUUGACAUUUGGAUGGGGUUACCUGUAGUUUGGGUCGACUGGGUGAAGACUUAUAAUAUGCUGCUUCCACAUGAUUGGUACAAUCACUUUUCUGGGAUUUUGAUGUUCGUCAAAUCUGAAGCCAUCUAUAUGGAAAUUAAUAUAAGUAUGAAGCAGGGCAUAGACGAAGAUUUUCAAUCUCAGCUUUCGAAGGAGUCUAAUGAAAGGCCUGAUGCUCAUUCUCGAGAGACAUGUGUAGGAUAUGUUUCAUUUAGUUCAUUGAGGCACACCGGAUGCUUGGAUUCGACAUACAAUACCAUUUUGUUUUCCUUAUGCAAUGAGUAUUUGUAUGGAUAUGGGUGUCGGUUUAGGGCUGUACUCGUUCCUAAAGAUGAUCCAAUGCAAACAGCAGAUUCAUCAGAAUUUUGGCAUGCGGAGGAAGUUUAUGAAAGAAGGGUAUUUACCAUCCAACAUGAUGCAAACUCCUCUAUCGAGAUUUUAUGGAGACCUGUCUGCCAUUUGUAAACCCAUUCCCACAUGUCUCUUGCCUAGUCACCAGUUCCUCAUUACCACUCUCAACUUUUUAUUUUGCAUUAGGGCAUCCACAAUGCAUUGAACUCUAUAGAGUUGAAUGGAUUGUCACAUCAUUUUUCUACAUUCCAUACAACUCAAUCAAUUUUUUCCUACAAUGCAUUGAACUCUACAAAGUUUAAUAGAAAGUUACAAAAACUAAUUUAUUAUAUAUAUUUAAGAUUAAAAAACUUUCUUUUUUUCCUAAUAAAGAGUUGAAUAGUCAUUGAACUCCAAAUCCAUUGAAUGUCAAGGUGGCAUCUCACUAUGGUAGAGUUUCAUCCGAUGAAUGACAACUAGACUUGUCACCUCAUUCAACCCUCUUAUUGAACUCACCACUGUGGAUGCUCUUAUUACCACUCAAUGAUCUCUGGUGCCAGUUUCCUUUUAUUAAUUCUUUGUUUUCAACCAAAAUCUACGCUGUGAAAUAUAUUGAAGAGUCACUUUAGUCUCAAUUCCUUGGUGGUUUGUUUAUUAGUUAUGGUUGUCUUUCUGUUUUAAACGAGAGUUUUAAGCCGGUGCGUUGUUGCAUUAGUUUAAACAAUAAUUUUAGUGAACAUAUUCUUAUGAAAUUUAAGUUAUACCCACUUGUAAUUCGUUACC